UGUAAUACAUUUACAGAAUAUUCCCGUCAAUGUGCUCAUGCUGGAGGGUUCCCAAACAACUGGAGAACUACUGAUUUGUGCCCUUUACAAUGUAAUUACAAUAUGGAGUACAGAGAAUGUGGAACUGCUUGUCCAGACACCUGCAGCAACCCUGACCGCUCAUUAUCCUGUGAUAGACACUGUACAGAUGGAUGCUUUUGUCCAGAUGGAACUGUGUGGGAUGACAUUAACAACUCUGGGUGCAUUCCCAGCUACAAGUGUUCCUGUGCUUAUAAUGGAAAUGUAUACAGCCCUGGAAGCUCCUAUUUUGCACAGUGUCAGGCAUGCACAUGUUAUAGAGGAAAAUGGAAAUGUGUUGACCGAGAUUGUUCUGGAUCGUGUUCAAUUAUUGGAGGAUCUCAUAUAACCACCUUUGAUUUCAAGCGUUACAACUUUUUCGGUGAUUGUAGCUACGUCCUGACAAAGACAACUGACAACCAGUUCAGUGUGGUGGGAGAAUUGAAGAAAUGCGAAAUCAAAGACACUACAACUUGUUUAAAAAGUAUUGUUAUAUCUUUAGAGUAUGGAAAUGAGAUCAUUGAAAUUCAGCCCAUCGGCAGUGUAGAUGUGAAUGGAAUCUUCUCCCAGCUACCAGUCUCAUCAGCAAGUGUGACCAUCUUCCAGCCUUCGUCCUUCUUCAUCAUUGUGCAAACAGCUGUAGGACUUCAGGUGGAGAUUCAGUUAGGCUCAGUAAUGCAAGUGUACCUUUAUCUUGAGCCAAAGUGGAGGGCACGGGUGUCUGGAAUCUGUGGUGACUACAAUAAUGUUCAAAUGGAUGACUUUAGAGUACUUAGUGGAGUUAUUGAAGGGACUGCUGCCUCUUUUGGUAAUACCUGGAAGACCCAAGCAAGCUGUCCAAAUGUCUUAUCAUACUUUGAUGAUCCUUGCGCACUCAGUGUUGAAAAUGCAAAGUAUGCUCAGUUCUGGUGCUCAAAAUUGACUGACCCUGCGGGACCAUUCACAGCAUGCCAUUCUGUAGUGGAUCCACUACUAUACAAAACGAACUGCAUGUUUGACUCUUGCAACUAUGCUAAUAGUGAAGACUACAUGUGUGCAGCUCUCUCAGCUUACGUGCAUGCUUGUGCUAGAAUGGGUGUUCUCAUAACAGGAUGGAGAGAUACUAACUGUGAUGCCGCCACCAAAUGCCCAAGUAGUCUGAGUUACAGCUACAAUGUGACAGCCUGCCAGGCUACCUGCCGUUCCCUCAGUGAGCUUGAUGUCACUUGCAAUGUCGACUUUGUGCCUGUGGAUGGCUGUGUUUGUACAGAGGGUACCUACCUUAAUGAGUAUGGCAACUGUGUUCCUCGUGAACAAUGUCCCUGCUAUUUUAGAGGCAAAAUAUUGAAAUCAGGAGAAUCAGUUAGGGAACUUGGAGUCUUGUGUACCUGCUCCCUUGGAAAACUAGACUGCAUUGGACACCUUAAUCUUUCCAAAGUUUGUAAGUCCCCUAAGGUCUACUUUGACUGCGCUAACCAAACUGCAAGUACCACUGGCGUUGAAUGUGAGAAAAGUUGCCAGACUCUUGAUAUGAACUGUUACAGUGCUCAGUGUGUGCCUGGCUGCAUGUGCCCUGAUGGAUAUGUAGCAAAUGGAACUGACGGGUGCAUUAAAGAAGAUCAGUGCCCCUGCGUGUACAACAAUGAUGCCUAUGCAGAGGGUUCUACCAUUAGAGUUUCAUGCAAAACAUGCACCUGUAGAAACAGAAUGUGGAGUUGCACUGGUGAGACUUGUUUGGCAACCUGCGCUGUGUAUGGAGAUGGCCACUAUUACACAUUUGAUAACAACAGAUAUGGUUUCAGUGGAGACUGUCAAUACGUCCUGGCUCAAGAUUAUUGUACUGAUGCCAAUAAUGGUACCUUCCGCAUCAUCACUGAAAAUAUCCCAUGUGGUAGCACAGGAACCACUUGUUCUAAAUCCAUUCGAUUCUAUCUUGGAAAUAAUUUACUCAUACUUUCUGAAGAAAAAUUUGAAGUGCAGGAUACAGGUUCUGGAACCUAUGUCCCAUACAAAGUGCACCAGAUGGGUAUAUUUUUGGUGAUUGAGACUCUGAAUGGAAUAGUUCUGGUGUGGGAUAAGAAAACAAGUAUUUAUAUUAAGCUUCAGCCAGAUUUUAAGGGCAAAAUUUGUGGAUUAUGCGGCAACUAUGAUGGAAACUCUGUAAAUGACUUCACCACCAGAAGUCUAUCAGUUGUUUCAGAUGUACUAGAGUUUGGUGACAGCUGGAAACAAUCCACAAGUUGUCCAGCUCCUAUAACAAUUGCGGAUUCUUGUGCAGCCAACAUAUACAGAAAGCCAUGGGCAGAGAAAAAGUGCAGCGUCAUCAUUGGUGCCACCUUUGCAGCGUGUCAUGCCGUUGUGAACCCAAAUCCAUAUUAUAGCACAUGUAUUAAUGAUGCUUGCGCUUGUGAUACUGGUGGAGAUUGUGAGUGUCUCUGUACUGCCAUUGCUGCAUAUGCCCAAGCUUGCAGUGAGGCUGGAUCAUGCGUCAGCUGGAGAACCCCAGAUUUCUGUCCUUUAUUCUGUGACUACUACAACCUUGAGGGACAGUGCGAAUGGCACUACAAAGCAUGUGGUGCACCAUGCAUGAAGACUUGUAGGAACCCCACUGGAUUAUGCUAUUACAAGCUCAUGGGCUUAGAAGGUUGUUACCCAGUAUGUCCACCUGACAGACCUUACUUUGAUGAGGAAAGGAUGAGCUGUGUGAGAUCUUGCUGUUUUGAUAGUAAAGGCAGAAAUUUCUUGUUUGGUCAAGUGAUGCCCAGAGAGCCAGAGGAUGCUAACUGUACAAUUUGUGUUUGCACCAGAGGAGGAAGACAAUGCUUUGCUGAUACAGGCUGUUGCGAGUAUGAUACAACAUUGUAUACAACAUCACAACCAAUCUACUGUACUAGUGAUGGACUUGGAGGAAGUUUCCAUGCCAUAUGUGAGAAUGGAACAAUCACAAGAUACACUACAGAUUCACCUUGCACAUCAACUCCAGUGACCACCACAAGUAUUACUACAGUAACAUCCUUACCACCAGAUUGUUUCUCCUACCCGACUCCAUACACUUCUCCUGAUGGUCACCCUGACACUUCAAAUGAUGCUCCUCCCUACACUAAUCCUGAUACUGUUCCCUCUGCAACUCCAUUCUGUACGUUGACCCCAUGGAUUGAUGUAAGCUAUCCAGAAAAUGGUGGAACCGGAGAUGAUGAAUCUUUUGAUAAUAUCAGAAGACAUGGAAUUUCCAUUUGUAAUGAGACAAUGACUAUUAUGAGUGUUCAAUGCAGAACCAAAGAUUUUCUCACUACUUCAUUGAGAGACUUAAAACAAACCAUAACAUGUAACAAAGAUGUAGGUUUGAUUUGCCUGAACAUCAAGAACUACCCUCAAUGCAACAACUAUGAAAUCCAAAUCCAAUGCUGCAGCCCAAAUAGAGUAUUAGAACCAACUACAAGAACACCUAUAGUUUCAACUACUUGUUCAAUGCGUACAACAACUACUACAAGCAGUCCAACAACAACCUCUACAACAAACCCAACAACAACAACAUCUCCAACAACCACCACAAGCCAGCCAACAACGACAACAACAAGCCAUUCAACAACAACCACAACUCAUCCAACAACUACAACAAUAACUCAUCCAACAACUACAAGUCCAACAACCACAAGCCCUCCAACUACAACCACAAGCCCUCCAACUACAACCACUAGCCAUUCAACAACAAGCACAACAACCCAUCCAACAACUACAACAACUACUAUUCCAACAACUACAAGUCCGACAACCACCACAAGCCCUCCAACUACAACCACUAGCCAUUCAACAACAACAACCACAACAACCCAUCCAACAACUACAACAACAACCAGUCCAACAACUACAAGUCCAACAACAACCACAAGCCCUCCAACUACAACCACUAGCCAUUCAACAACAACCACAACAACCCAUCCAACAACUACAACAACCCAUACAACAACUACAAGUCCAACAACAACCACAAGCCCUCCAACUACAACCACUAGCCAUUCAACAACAACCACAACCCAUCCAACAACUACAACAACAACCAGUCCAACAACUACAAGUCCAACAACAACCACAAGCCCUCCAACUACAACCACUAGCCAUUCAACAACAACAACCACAACCCAUCCAACAACUACACGUCCAACAACAACAACCACAAGCCCUCCAACUACAACCACUAGCCAUUCAACAACUACAACAACCCAUCCAACAACUACAAGUCCAACAACAACCACAAGCCCUCCAACUACAACAACUAGCCAUUCAACAACAACAACCCAUCUAACAACUACAAGUCCAACAACAACCACAAGCCCUCCAACAACAACCACAACCCAUCCAACAACUACAACGACAACUACAAGUCCAACAACAACCACAAGCCCUCCAACUACAACCACUAGCCAUCCAACAACUACAACAACAACUCCUUCAACAACUACAAGUCCAACAACAACCACAAGCCCUCCAACUACAACCACUAGCCAUUCAACAACAACCACAACCCAUUCAACAACUACAAGUCCAACAACAACAACCACAAGCCCUCCAACUACAACCACUAGCCAUUCAACAACUACAACAACCCAUCCAACAACUACAAGUCCAACAACAACCACAAGCCCUCCAACUACAACAACUAGCCAUUCAACAACAACAACCCAUCUAACAACUACAAGUCCAACAACAACCACAAGCCCUCCAACAACAACCACAACCCAUCCAACAACUACAACGACAACUACAAGUCCAACAACAACCACAAGCCCUCCAACUACAACCACUAGCCAUUCAACAACAACCACAACCCAUCCAACAACUACAACAACAACUACAAGUCCAACAACAACCACAAGCCCUUCAACUACAACAACUAGCCAUUCAACAACAACCCAUCCAACAACUACAACAACAACUCAUCCAACAACUACAAGUCCAACAACAACAACAACAAGCCCUCCAACUACAACCACUAGCCAUUCAACAACAACCACAACCCUCCCAACAACGACAACAACCCAUCCAACAACUACAAGUUCAACAACAACCACAAGCUCUCCAACUACAACCACUAGCCAUUCAACAACUACAACAACCCAUCCAACAACUACAAGUCCAACAACAACCACAAGCCCUUCAACUACAACAACUAGCCAUUCAACAACAACCCAUCCAACAACUACAACAACAACUCAUCCAACAACUACAAGUCCAACAACAACAACAACCACAAGCCCUCCAACUACAACCAGUAGCUAUACAACAACAACAACCACAACCCUCCCAACAACGACAACAACCCAUCCAACAACAACCACAAGCCCUCCAAGCACAACCACAACCCAUCCAACAACUACAAUAACUACAAGUCCAACAACAACCACAAGCCCUCCAACUACAACCACUGGCCAUUCAACAACAACAACCCAUCUAACAACUACAAGUCCAACAACAACCACAAGCCCUCCAACUACAACCACAACCCAUCCAACAACUACAACAACAACUACAAGUCCAACAACAACCACAAGCCCUCCAACUACAACCACUAGCCAUUCAACAACAACCACAACCCUCCCAACAACUUCAACAACCCAUCCAACAACUACAAGUCCAACAACAACCACAAGCCCUCCAACUACAACCACAACCCAUCCAACAACUACAACAACAACCCAUCCAACAACUACAAGUCUAACAACAACCACAAGCCCUCCAACUACAACCACUAGCCAUUCAACAACAACCACAACCUAUCCAACAACUACAAGUCCAACAACAACCACAAGCCCAACAACUAGCCAUUCAACAACAACCCAUCCAACAACUACAACAACAACUCAUCCAACAACUACAAGUCCAACAACAACAACAACCACAAGCCCUCCAACUACAACCACUAGCCAUUCAACAACAACAACCACAACCCUCCCAACAACGACAACAACCCAUCCAACAACUACAAAUCCAACAACAACCACAAGCCCUCCAACUACAACCACAACCCAUCCAACAACUACAACAACUACAAGUCCAACAACAACCACAAGCCCUCCAACUACAACCACUAGAUAUUCAACAACAACCCAUCUAACAACUACAAGUCCAACAACAACCACAAGGCCUCCAACUACAACCACAACCCAUCCAACAACUACAACAACAACAACUACAAGUCCAACAACAACUACAAGCCCUCCAACUACAACCACUAGCCAUUCAACAACAACCACAACCCAUCCAACAACUACAACAACAACAACCACAAGCCCUCCAACUACAACCACUAGCCAUUCAACAACAACAACCACAACCCUCCCAACAACUUCAACUACCCAUCCAACAACUACAAGUCCAACAACAACCACAAGCCCUCCAACUACAACCACAACCCAUUCAACAACUACAACAACAACCCAUCCAACAACUACAAGUCUAACAACAACCACAAGCCCUCCAACUACAACCACUAGCCAUUCAACAACGACCACAACCUAUCAAACAACUACAACUCAUCCAACAACUACAACAACAACAACAACCACAAGCCCUCCAACUACAACCACUAGCCAUUCAACAACAAGCACAAGCCAUCCAACAACUACAGCAACCCUUUCAACAACUACAAGUCCAACAACAACCACAAGCCCUCCAACUACAACCAUUAGCCAUUCAACAACAACAAUAACAUCCACAACCCACCCAACAACUACAAGUACUAGCAUUUCAACAACAACCACAUCCCAUCCAACAACUACAACAACAACCCAUCCAACAACUACAAGUCCAACAACAACCACAAGCCCCCCAACUACAACCACAAGCCCUCCAACUACAACCACUAGCCAUUCAACAACAACAAGCACAAGCCAUCCAACAACUACAGCAACCCUUUCAACAACUACAAGUCCAACAACAACCACAAGCCCUCCAACUACAACCAUUAGCCAUUCAACAACAACAAUAACAUCCACAACCCACCCAACAACUACAAGUACUAGCAUUUCAACAACAACCACAUCCCAUCCAACAACUACAACAACAACCCAUCCAACAACUACAAGUCCAACAACAACCACAAGCCCCCCAACUACAACCACAAGCCCUCCAACUACAACCACUAGCCAUUCUACAACAACAACCCAUCCUACAACUACAACAACCCACCCAACAACUACAAGUCCAACAACAGCCACAAGCACUGCAACAUCUACAUCCACUACAGAGACUACAACCAGUGUUACUACAGUAACAUCUACCAGAACACAUGCUUGUACUACUCCUUCUCCUCGUCUUGUCCCAUUCUGUACUGUGACCCCAUGGAUUGAUGUAAGCCAUCCAGAAAAUGGUGGAACUGGAGAUGAUGAAUCUUUUGAUAAUAUCAGAAGAAAUGGAAUUUCCAUUUGUAAUGAGACCAUGAAUGUUGUAAGUGUUGACUGCAGAGCCAAAGCUUCCCCCAAUGAUUCACUGGAUGAUUUAAGACAAAAUAUAACAUGCAACAAAGAUAUAGGUUUGAUUUGCCUGAACAGCGAGAACAUUAAACAAUGUAACAACUAUGAAAUCCAAGUUCAUUGCUGCAAUGGUACUACUGUUAUAGAAGCAAAGACAGAAACACCUUUAGAAACAACAGAAACAGUUGUAGAGACAACCACUUGUUCAAUGGCAACCACAACAACCACAAGCAGUCCAACAACAACCUCAACCACAAGACCUCCAACAACUACAACAAUUCCAACAACAGCAACAACCACAAGCCAUCUAACAAGUUCAACAACAAGUCCAACAACUAGUUAUCCAACAACCACAGCAACAACAACAUCAUCUACAUCAACAACUCACACAACUUCCACCUAUGUCACUAUCACAUCAACAUCUGGGACAACUACUUCUACAGUGCCUACUACAUCAAUGACUACAACAUCCACAUCAUCUACACCUACUACAACUACAUUAUCUACAACCAUCUCAACUACAAGUACAGAGACCACAAAAUCAGAACCCACAACAUCCUUAACUCCAACAACCACAGUUUCAACAAUCACCACAUCAACAAGAUGUUAUUGCCAAGUACAGACAACCUUAUAUACCAGUGGUGAACGUCUCUAUACAAUCAUUGACAAAGCUGGCUGUGAAUAUUAUGCAUUAUGUAAUGAUACCUGCCAAGCACAAAGAUACAUUGGAAAUUGUACCACUACAACUGUUAGCACAACUGUCAGCACAACAGAGACCUCAACAACAACUGCAGGUCCCACACCAACUACAACUUGUAUUAUGUGGAUUCCAACUGAAUCACACACUCCACCAUCAGACUCAAAAUCAUCAACAGUUACAUCAAAUCAAGAAUCAUCUUCAACAGUAUCAACUAGAAUAGGGUCAAGCUACGCCACACCAGGUACAGGUGUAUCAUCUACACCUGGAAGUGAUAUACACUCCACAAAAAUAACACUUUCAACAUCAUCUACACCUAAUUCAAGAAAAGAUAUGUCUACCAGUGUUUCACUUCCACCUGAUGUGUCAAGCUCCAAAUCAAGUUUUGGAUCAUCUUCACCUGGAACAGAUGACACACACUCAACAGUAUCAAGCUCAGUAUCCGCUACACCUGAUUCAAGAAAAGAUCUAUCUACCAGUGUUUCAUCUCCACCUGAUGUGUCAAGCUCCAAAUCAAGUUCUUUGUCAUCGACACCUGGAUCAGGUGAUGCACACUCAACAGUAUCAAGCUCAGUAUCCUCUACACCUGAUUCAAGAAAAGAUCUCUCUACCAGUGUGUCAUCUCCACCUGAUGUGUCAAGCUCAAAAUCAAGUUUUGGAUCAUCUACACCUGGAUCAGGUGACACACACUCAACAGUAUCAAGCUCAGUGUCCUCUACACCUAAUUCAAGAAUAGAUCUAUCUACCAGUGUAUCAUCUCCACCUGAUGUGUCAAGCUCCAAAUCAAGUUUUGGAUCAUCUACACCUGGAUCAGGUGACACACACUCAACAGUAUCAAGCUCAGUAUCCGCUACACCUGAUUCAAGAAAAGAUUUAUCUACCAGUGUGUCAUCUCCACCUGAUGUGUCAAGCUCCAAAUCAAGUUUUGGAUCAUCUACACCUGGAUCAGGUGACACACGCUCAACAGUAUCAAGUUCAGUAUCUGCUACACCUGAUUCAAGAAAGGAUUUAUCUACCAGUGUGUCAUCUCCACCUGAUGUGUCAAGCUCCAAAUCAAGUUCUGUGUCCUCAACACCUGGAUCAGGUGAUGCACACUCAACAGCAUCAAGCUCAGUAUCCUCUACACCUAAUUCAAGAAUAGAUCUAUCUACCAGUGUAUCAUCUCCACCUGAUGUGUCAAGCUCAAAAUCAAGUUUUGGAUCAUCUACACCUGGAUCAGGUGACACACACUCAACAGUAUCAAGCUCAGUAUCGUCUACACCUAAUUCAAGAAUAGAUCUAUCUACCAGUGUAUCAUCUCCACCUGAUGUGUCAAGCUCCAAAUCAAGUUUUGGAUCAUCUACACCUGGAUCAGGUGACACACACUCAACAGUAUCAAGCUCAGUGUCCUCUACACCUAAUUCAAGAAUAGAUCUAUCUACCAGUGUAUCAUCUCCACCUGAUGUGUCAAGCUCCAAAUCAAGUUUUGGAUCAUCUACACCUGGAUCAGGUGACACACACUCAACAGUAUCAAGCUCAGUGUCCUCUACACCUUAUUCAAGAAUAGAUCUAUCUACCAGUGUAUCAUCUCCACCUGAUAUGUCAAGCUCCAAAUCAAGUUUUGGAUCAUCUACACCUGGAUCAGGUGACACACACUCAACAGUAUCAAGCUCAGUAUCCGCUACACCUGAUUCAAGAAAAGAUUUAUCUACCAGUGUGUCAUCUCCACCUGAUGUGUCAAGCUCCAAAUCAAGUUUUGGAUCAUCUACACCUGGAUCAGAUGACACACACUCAACAGUAUCAAGUUCAGUAUCUGCUACACCUGAUUCAAGAAAGGAUUUAUCUACCAGUGUGUCAUCUCCACCUGAUGUGUCAAGCUCCAAAUCAAGUUCUGUGUCCUCAACACCUGGAUCAGGUGAUGCACACUCAACAGUAUCAAGCUCAGUAUCCUCUACACCUAAUUCAAGAAUAGAUCUAUCUACCAGUGUAUCAUCUCCACCUGAUGUGUCAAGCUCCAAAUCAAGUUUUGGAUCAUCUACACCUGGAUCAGGUGACACACACUCAACAGUAUCAAGCUCAGUAUCCGCUACACCUGAUUCAAGAAAGGAUUUAUCUACCAGUGUGUCAUCUCCACCUGAUGUGUCAAGCUCCAAAUCAAGUUUUGGAUCAUCUACUCCUGGAUCAGGUGACACACGCUCAACAAUAUCAAGUUCAGUAUCUGCUACACCUGAUUUAAGAAAGGAUUUAUCUACCAGUGUGUCAUCUCCACCUGAUGUGUCAAGCUCCAAAUCAAGUUCUGUGUCAUCAACACCAGGAUCAGGUGAUGCACACUCAACAGUAUCAAGCUCAGUAUCCUCUACACCUAAUUCAAGAAUAGAUCUAUCUACCAGUGUAUCAUCUCCACCUGAUGUGUCAAGCUCCAAAUCAAGUUUUGGAUCAUCUACACCUGGAUCAGGUGACACACACUCAACAGUAUCAAGCUCAGUAUCCGCUACACCUGAUUCAAGAAAGGAUUUAUCUACCAGUGUGUCAUCUCCACCUGAUGUGUCAAGCUCCAAAUCAAGUUCUGUGUCAUCAACACCUGGAUCAGGGGAUGCACACUCAACAGUAUCAAGCUCAGUAUCCUCUACACCUAAUUCAAGAAUAGAUUUAUCUACCAGUGUAUCAUCUCCACCUGAUGUGUUAAGCUCAAAAUCAAGUUCUGUGUUAUCUACACCUGGGUCAAGUGGCACACACUCAUCUACACCCGAUUCAAGACACAUUUUCUCUACCAUAUCAGCUCCUCCAUCUUUUACAUCCAUUCCAGUACCCGAGAGUACACCAAGCGAAUGUCAGUGCUUUAUGCCCAACUGCUCAAUAGGCUACCGUGUGGCUGCUGUGAAAUCACAUAUUCCCUCCUGUCCUAAUGUUACAUGCGUGCCUGAUGCAGUCUGUGUGUAUGGAACAGAAACGUACCAGGUUGGAUCAGAUAUCCCACAACCUGCAGAUUCUUGUCAGACAUGUGAAUGUUCUCAAGAAAUGGACUCAAGAUCAGAAUUCUACCUAGUAAAGUGCAAACCAACUGUGUGUGACACAACCUGUAGUACAGGUUAUGAAUACAAGAUGAAGGCAGGAGAGUGCUGUGGAGAAUGUGUACGUACUCCGUUAAAAUGUACCAUGAUGGUAAAUUAUGAUACAUAUGGAAACACAGGAGGCACUGGAAAUACAGGAGGCACUGGAGGUUCUGGAAGCUCUGGAGGCACAGGAGGCUCAGGAAGCACAGGAACCUCAGGAGGCUCAGAAAGCACAGGAGGCUCUGGAAGCACAGGAACCUCAGGAGGCUCAGGAAGCACAGGGUCCUCAGGAGGCUCAGGAAGCACAGGGACCUCAGGAGGCUCAGGAAGCACAGAAACCUCAGGAGGCUCAGGAAGCACAGGAACCUCAGGAGGCUCAGGAAGCACAGGAACCUCAGGAGGCUCAGGAAGCACAGGAACCUCAGACGGCUCAGGAAGCACAGACACCUCAGGAGGCUCAGGAAGGACAGGGACCUCAGGAGGCUCAGGAAGCACAGGAACAUCAGGAGACUCUGGAAGCACAGGGACCUCAGGGGGCUCAGGAAGCACAGGAACAUCAGGAGACUCUGGAAGCACAGGGACCUUAGGAGGCUCAGGAAGCACAGGAACAUCAGGAGACUCUGGAAGCACAGGGACCUCAGGAGGCUCAGGAAGCACAGGAACAUCAGGAUACUCAGGAAGUGCUGGAAGUUCAGGAGUCACAGGAAGUGCAGGUGUCUCAGGAGACUCAGGAAGCUCAGGAGUUACAGGAAGUGCAGGAGACACAGGAAGUGCAGGAGGUUUAGGAGUCACAGGAAGUGCAGGUGCCUCAGGAGACACAGGAAGCAUUGAUGCCUCAGGAAAUACAGGAGAUUCAGGAGGUACAGGAGUAAUUGGAGGCUCAGGAGACACAGGAAGUGCAGGAGGUUCAGGAAUGACUGGAGGCUCAGGAGACACAGGAAGCACAGGAGGCUCAGGGGGCACAGGAGGUUCAGGAAUGACUGGAGGCUUAGGAGACACAGGAAGCACAGGAGGCUCAGGGGGCACAGGAGGUUCAGGAAUGACUGGAGGCUCAGGAGACACAGGAACCUCCGGAGGCUCAGGAGGCACAGGCAGCAUGGGAGGAUCAGGAACUUCUGGAGACACAGGAACAUCAGGAGGAACUGGAAGCAUAGUAAUAGACCUAGAGAUUGGCGAAAUAUUUCACAUUCCUAAUAACACUUGCGCCUAUUACGAGUGCAGAGAAGAAAAUGGUGUGGCGGUUCUCACCAGGGUGGAGAAGGUUUGUCAGCCAUUGGAUAUCUCCCUAUGUGAUAUGAGUACUCUCACAUAUGAUGAUGAUAAUUGCUGUAGGACAUGCACACCUAAAAAACAAUUCAUAGUAACACCACCCCCAACAAUAGUAGAAGACUGCAGUGUACGUAAGAAUGUCACAGUCCUGGAACAAGACGAUUGUAUACUUGAGGUAGAACUCUCUUACUGUGGUGGACCCUGCAUGGGAUCUUCAAUGUAUUCAGUACAAUCCAACAGUUUUGACCAUAUAUGCUCAUGUUGCAAAGAGAUGGAGCUUGUAACAAAGAACGUGGAACUGUUAUGUGCUGAUGGAACGUAUAAGAAAUAUGAAUACACCGAUGUGUUGAGUUGCGGUUGCGCUGGAGCAUUUUGUACUCCCCAAGUAUAAAUUUCACUAAAUGAAUUACCAGUCUGUGGAAGCUUCAGCAGAGUUUAUGCACUGCAGAAUAAGAUUCUCCAAAAAGAGCAGCGACUGCAACUUUGAAAUAAUUGUCCACAUAAUCAAUACCUCUCUAUUAGUUGUGAUUUUAAAACAUUAGCAAGUGCCAAUCAUGUAAUAAAGCACAAACUCCAAUAUAAAAUAGCCUUACCAGACUUUGCUGCUUAGAAUCUUGACUGUAAGCUAGAAUUUAUUACACUGUCUUCUAUAAAUGUUGAAAUAAAUAAAGUUUAGAUUGCAAAUAA